GUGGCAUGCAGCGGUUUGUGCGUAAACGUAUGGUUUGUGUACGAAACUAGCAACUUUUCUAAGAAAACUCGCUCGCUUGCAGGUUGUUCCGGAAAAAGAGUUGAAAAUGGGAGACGGGCAGUAUAUUCUCCUAGGAGUUUGUAUCCUUUCUUGUUUGACGUCGAUACAUGGGUACUUUGUGGCCAUUGAUGCCCAUGCAGAAGAAUGUUUUCACGAUAAAGUGACAUCCGGAACAAAAAUGGCCCUCACUUUUGAGGUCGCUGAGGGCGGUUUUCUCGAUAUUGAUGUGAAGAUUACAGGGCCUGAUAACAAAGUCAUCUACGCUGGCGAGAGAGAAUCCAACGGCAAGUACACCUUCCCAGCACACAUGGACGGACAGUACCGCUACUGCUUCAGCAACAAGAUGUCGACCAUGACACCGAAGGUUGUCAUGUUUUCCAUCGAUGUUGGGGAUUCACCUAAAGACACGUCAAUGGAUACAGAGGAGCAUCAUAACAAAUUAGAGGAUAUGAUUAACCAACUUGCCACCGGGCUAACGGCCGUCAAGCACGAGCAAGAAUACAUGGAGGUCAGGGAACGAGUGCAUAGAUCAAUUAAUGACAACACAAACUCCAGGGUAGUCUUAUGGUCAUUCUUUGAAAGUUUAGUGCUGGUUGCGAUGACACUUGGACAAGUCUACUACCUUAAACGCUUCUUCGAAGUCAGAAGAGUCGUCUAGUUGCUGUUGAUUUUAGUCCUCUUGCCACAGAACAGUUAUAAGUACAUAGUGAAGCAGUAAUGUUGCACAACAAGAGCCAACCUUCCAGUGUGGGUUCCAGACCAACAAUGUAAAAACAUAGACACGAUGCGGCACCCGUCUCUGCAAAACGCACGUCUGCCAUUUUGGGAGUCAAAUCUUUUGUGUAUAGACGAUGUGACCCGUGACAUCACGUUUACAAAAGAGCCACAG